AUGGAAAAAGAUCAACACAACUAUGCUCGCACACACCCGGCGCGAGCGACAUCCCACGCUAGGAAUUCUCGAUAUCUUGCCCCGGUUCCACAUACUACGAGUCCAGCGGAUUACAACAGCAUGCAGCUAAGGAAGAGAACAAAUCAACCUUCCAUGCGGGAAAUCAGUGAUGAGGAUGAAGGAGAGGAAGAGGUCGAAGAGGAAGAGGAUGAGGAUGAGGAAGUAGACGGCGAGGAGGAGGUGUACGACGAAGCUGAGGCAGACGUGGACGUCGAAGAUGACGAUGCUGAGGUGCACGUUGACGCCGAUGUGGACGACGCUGAGGUGCACGUUGACGCCGAUGUGGACGACGCUGAGGAGGAGGAGGAGCAUCGAAUGGAGGCAGAGGUAGACGACGACGACGAUGCCUCCCUACAACAACCUCGGCUGAAAAUUAAGCUCAAACUUCCCGCUGUGCCCAGCUCGACGUCUAACUCCGCGACCCCUGUACCGGAGGAAACACGUAUUCGUACAACAGCUUCGUCCAAGAGAAGUGCAGCGGUUCGCUCUCGAAGAAGAAUUCAAGACAUCGACUCGUCCGAAGAGGAUGUCGAUAAAGCCGGUCCAUCACGUUCCACACGGCCGAUGACUACUCGUCAAGCAGUUCUCGCAAAUGUCGUCGACCCCUCGCAUGUUUCAUUAGAUCCCAAUAUCGCGUUGCCGUCCGACCACAAGCCAAAUCCACGUAAAAAACAACUCAAUGAAUCGGAGUUGGCUCUCCGAAGGGAAGAGACGGCGCGUAAGCGCAAGAAUCUCUCCGAGAAAAAACUGGAAGAUGAAAAGUUUGAGACUAUCAACCGUCUCCUGAGGAAGCAAUCGAAGCCGAGGGCGAAAAAGGGUGCAGGAUCAGUGAGUGGUGGUGUCACUCCAGUUAACAGAGGCGGGAAGCGUGUGGGUGGUGGUACUCGAGGCGGCAAAACUUCCAGAGGCGGUCGCUCUGGCUUGGCUACAGCGAAGGCAUCUACAGUUGGGUCUGAAGUGGGCGAUGAAGAGGGCGCUAACGUCGAGAACGAAGGUGAAGCUAACGACGAAGAAGGUGGCGUAGAAGGGGAAGAUGAAGAAGCGGAAGAAGUUGACCAUGCUAGUGGGAGUUGGAACGGACAUUUGGAGGAGGUUCAUCAGAUUCCCAUGUUCAGAUGGAUCUCUACAUCGCGGCCGGUGGAAACUCAGAAAGGUGAAGCAUCACCUCAACAAUGGAGCGCUAUGGAUGUGGAUAUCCCUGUCACUUCUGCUGCCAAUGUCCUUCGGGCUAUGGAGGUUGACACCAAACCGCCUUCGAAGGCUGCAGAAUUCUCCAUGCCUGUCGCCACUACCGUUACGGACGUGACGCCAGUUUCCAACGUUCCUCCUUCCACAACGAAGUCAGAAGAUGCGCAGCAACUGAAUUCUGGACUAAAGAGAAUGACACUUUCUUUCUCAAUACCUGCCUCGUUUCUUUCUGAAUCGCCAUUGGCACAAACUCCCACUUCUAUGCCCCCUCCCAGCGGCCCACAAAUUUGUGCUGUGGCCGAGUGUAGUUCACCAAGAAAGUACCGCUUAGUGAGCGAUUGGACAAUCGGUGCUUGUGGGAUGGGGCACUUGAAAAUCCUAGAGAGCCAGGCCAGAUUGAAGGCCGGUGUCGCUUAG